AUCUAACGCAGAGAUGACUCAAUGGACACAGUAUUGAAUCAAAUACGAGUCAACUGUACAAAGAGAGUGAUCGCUGGGAACGUGAGGUCCGUCGCCGACCAUACAGUGCCAAAACCGGGUGCCAUCAGUCCCUACGGACACCAUUACGUGGAGGGAAGCGCCGGACACGAGUCCAUACUCGAGUCGCACGCCAACAGUGGCGUCAAUGCGCUCAUCUAUAUCGGUGUCGUCCUCUUAUUGUACAUCAUUUUCAUGACAUUCAUUGUAAUGAGAUAUGUGUUAAUGAAGUCCCACAGCAAACAACAGCAAACCACUACUCCUUAUUACUUCGGCGGCGGCGCUCAGGGCAGGAAUUUUGGCGGAACGACGACCACCACAGCCAACACAACUAUGGGCGGCGCGUCCGUUAGCGGCUAUCCGGGGGGCGCGGGUGGGCCCACAUCGGUGUACAUAGAGGGCGAUGAGACGCCACCAGAGAUCAAAUUCAUUGAGACAGAGCUGUGACUAUAAUAAUACCAAAAAAACAAAUACAAAACACUAAUAAUAAGACACUAUUUGAUCGUAAAUUUUCGGGAGAGAGUGGAAGAGAGAGAUAUGAAACUCCC